GCCGCGGGGAGAGUGGGCGGGUCCUCCAGUAUCCCGUGGUGCCGCGGGCGGUAAGAUGGCGAACAGUGACUACGAGUCGGUGCUGUGUGUGAAGCCGGAGCUUCAUGUCUUCAGGAUCCCGCCGCGGGCCACGAACCGGGGAUACAGAGCUGCCGAUUGGAAACUGGACCAGCCUGACUGGACCGGGAGACUCCGGAUAACAGCAAAGGGCAAUAACGCUUACAUUAAAUUAGAAGACAAAAAUUCUGGCGAGCUGUUUGCACAGGCACCUGUAGACCAGUUUCCAGGCGUCGCUGUGGAGAGUGUCGUUGACUCCAGCCGAUACUUUGUCAUUCGCAUUGAAGAUGGAAAUGGGCGCCGAGCAUUUAUUGGAAUUGGCUUUGUUGACCGAGGAGACGCCUUUGACUUUAACGUCGCCCUCCAGGACCACUUCAAGUGGGUCAAACAGCAAACUGAGCUCGCCAAACAGGCUCAGAACCCAGACACUGGACCCAAACUGGAUUUAGGAUUUAAAGAGGGACAAACCAUCAAGCUUAAUAUUGGGCAUGUGAAGAAGAAGGAAAGUUCGUCGGCCAAGCCUCGAUCUUCGAGUGGUGGUGGAAUCGCCCUGCUCCCCCCUCCCCCGGGGGGCAAGACCCCAGUCCUGCUCCCUCCUCCAGGGUCACAGGUCAUCCAGAACCCAGUGAACUCACAGCUGGCUCAGCCAACCACUACAGUCUCGGAUGAAUUACUGGGAGACAUGGACAGCUUUGCUCCAGACCCUCCCCAGCCCCUGGCCCCCACAGGAGAUCUCUGGGGAGACUUCGCCACGGCACCCAGCUCUGCUCCGAGCCAAGUGCCCAACAGCACUAAGUGGGUUCAGUUCUGAGUUUGGUUCUUUUCCUUCUCCUCGUUUCGAAAUGACAAACCAUGAGCGAGUGACGCUUCUUCUCCCGACCCGGCUGGGCGAGAUCUUGGGAGACGAGACCCUCUUGGGGGAGAGUCCGUGGCUCCUGGACCCGGGAGGACAGUAACCCUCGGAUUAUAUAGCCUUGAAAUAUCUUCAUUUCUAUUCAACUGUGCACUCGUACAGAGACAUCCAUUCCAUCCUUGUGCCCAUGGUGUUUCUGUCUGGAAACCAUAGUGUUCGUUACUGUAACCACAGGGUUUUUUUUUUGUCCCUCAGUGAUCAGACUUUUUAAUUUCAUAAGGGCAAAAUGGAUCACAAAUGCAUAUCGUCAAACAAACAACAAACAAACAAACAAAAAAAAAGGAAUCCUGUCUUCAAAUUCUUUGUGCUCGUCAUAGAGUAAAAGUGUUAAUAAAUAAUGGUCUUAACUCUGGAAUAUUUCUUAUAUAAAAAAAAACACAUCAACUGUUGGUUCAGCGGUGUGUUCGGUAGAUUGUCAUUCCAUUUGGUGUAUCUUCAAUCAUGCAGCGCGGGGGUGGGGGGGGGAGGGGGGGAAUGGGAAAGGGGGGCUGAGCGGCUGGGAGAUGAGCCACGCGACAAGUAAUAGUUGUGAUAACUCGCUGGAGCCCUGCAAAUUCACACACGACCAAUCAGUUGUUGUGUUUCUGACUAGGGCCCAGUUAAUGUGGAUUUAUUGCGGAGUGACUGCCCCGGUAAUGGAAGGACGGGGAUUUAAAACAAUCUCAAGCUUUUCCCCCCUGAAAUGUUUUGGUCUGUUUCAGAAGCUGACCUUUAAAACUUUGGGGCUAACCUGUGAACUUUCUGUGUCUGUAAAUAAGAGUUUGUCUAUUAUUACAGUAUUUAUACAGGUCUGUAGGCUCCCGUGUGACAUCGUUUUGGGAGGGGAGGGGGAUUAUGUUUUAGGGUAAUUUCUGGAAGCUGUAAAUUUGUGCUGGGUUUAAAAUCUGGGCUUUUUUUUUAGAUUUGGAAGACGUUUAAAAUGUACACAAUCAAUAAAAAUGUCUAUCGAAAUCA